AUGGAAGAGGAAAGGAUGGAGAGAUAUGCAGCAGAUUUAGAGAUGAAUCCUUUUGAUGGAUUGCCAUUCUCUUCCCGUUACUACAAACUUCUCAAAGAAAGAGAGGAACUUCCAGUCUGGCAAGUGAAAUAUGCUUUCAUGGAAAGUCUGCAUCAUCAUCAGAUUGUGAUUGUUUCAGGAGAUGCCAAAACUGGCAAGAGCUCCCAGGUGCCCCAGUGGUGUGCUGAAUAUUCUCUUUCCACUCAUUUUCAACACGGAACAAUUGUGUGCACACAGACACAUAAACACACAGCAGUAUGGCUGGCACUGCAAGUAGCUGAUGAGAUGGACGUCGAUAUUGGUCAUGAAGUGGGUUAUGUGGCCCCACGUGAGAGCUGCUGUAAUAGUGAAACGAUCCUGAGGUACAGCACAGAUGACAUGCUACAAAGAGAAAUGAUGUCCAAUCCCUUUCUGAGCAAUUAUGGAAUCAUCAUUUUGGAUGAUGUGCAUGAAAGAACUCUCCCAACAGAUGUAUUGCUUGGACUCCUUAAAGAUGUAGUGAUAUUAAGACCCGAGCUGAAGCUAAUAGUAAUUACAUCUACUCAAAUGUGCAGCAAACUACAGACAUAUUAUGGCAGCACGUCUCUCAUAAGAGUAAAAAGCAGAUACCAGGUGGAGGUUGUGUAUACCUGUUGCAUUCAAAAAGAUAAUUUCUCUUCUGCUUUAAGACUGCUUUUUGAGAUUCAUAAAUCUAAAGAGAGAGGUGAUAUUGUGCUCUUUCUGGCCUGUGAACAAGAAAUUGGAAAAGCCUACAAGAUUAUUCAACAAGAAGGGCCUAAUUUAAAUCCUGAACUUGGUGAAUUGGUCCCUGUUCUUCUCUAUCCCAGUGAAAGAGAGAGAAUCCUCAAGCCAAAUGAAGAAGGGCCUUGCAAAAACUACAGGAGAAGAGUGUUGCUAACUACAAGCUUUGGGGGAUCUUUGGUUUGGAUUAAAACUGUGGCCUUUGUUAUAGAUGUUGGGAUAGAGAAAAGAAAGGUAUACAAUCCUCGAAUCAGAACUGAUUCUGUUGUGAUACAGCCCAUUAGCAAAAGCCAAGCUGAGAUGCGUAGGCAAAUUCUGGGCAUGUCUUCAGGUAAAUGUUUCUGCCUCUACCCUGAAGAAUUUACCGAUAAUGAAGUGAAGCUGCUACCACCGGCCAAAAUUCAGGAAUCCAACUUGACCAGCAUGGUUCUUUUUCUGAAAAGAAUGGAUAUUGCAGGCCUAGGCCACUGUGAUUUCAUGGAUAGGCCAGGUACUGAACAGAGAUUCAGAGAUAAGGCAAUCCGUGCUCACAAUCUAAUAGACAUGAUACAGAAAGGAAUGUUGUUGAGAGGGAGGGAAGCAGAAAGCAUGCAAAUGCCAGCACUAACAAUUGCAGUGAUAAAAUAUUACCAGUAUCUGCUUCUCCUGAAAGUCAUGCAAGCUCUAGAAGAUCUGGAUUAUUUGGCUGCCCUGGACAAUGAUGGAAACCUUUCAGAAUUUGGAAUAAUAAUGUCAGAGUUUCCUGUCGAUCCACAGCUGUCAAAGGCUAUUUUAGCUUCGUGUGAAUUUGACUGUGUGGAAGAAAUGCUCACCAUUGCUGCCAUGGUAACAGCUCCUAGUUGCUUUUUAAACCCACCACAGGGAACAGAAGAGAUUGCAGUCGCUUGCUGGCAAAAAUUCUUGCAUCCUGCUGGAGAUCAUUUUACCCUUAUCAAUGUCUACAAGGCUUACAAGGAAGCUAGGACAAGCUCCACAGGCCUGUACCGCAGUACUGAAAAGUGGUGUCAAGAGAAUUUUCUGAACUGCUCUGCACUAAGAAUGGCGGAAGCUAUCAGAGCUGAAUUGGCUGACAUUAUGAAACGAAUUGAACUCCCAAUUUCAGCACCUGCUUUUGGACUGAAAGAAAAUGUACUGAGGAUAAAGAAAGCACUCUUGUCUGGGUACUUUAUGCAAAUAGCCCGUGAUGUUGAUGGUGCUGGAAACUAUUUAAUGUUGUCACACAGGCAAGUAGCCCAGCUUCACCCUCUGUCAAUAUACUACAAUACUACAAGGAUCCCAGAGUGGGUUGUGUUCCAUGAAUUCAGUAUUGCUGAAAACAACUCUCUAAAAAUCAUCUCAGCGAUAUCACCUGAUCUAUUUGUGGAGCUGGCACCUCAAUACUAUUUUAGUAAUCUGCCUGCCAGUGAGAGCAAGGCUAUUCUGCAGGAAGAAAUCAAUCAUUUAUCACCCAUUUCAACAACAGGCAAGGAAGAAAAAACAAACAGCAAAGAUAAAGAAUAUAAAAAAUAUCCUGAAACACCUGCCGAACAGCGAUGCAUUAUUCAAUAA